AUGGGUGAGAUCGUGUGUGGUCCAAGCGUUUUUGGCUUGGAAAUGGAAGUCCUUUAUGGUCUAUUCCAACCAGGUGUCUCGCUUACGUUAAGCCCCCGGUAUUUCGUUCAAAACCGCUUGAACCAAAAGCUAUACAUUCAGAGUUUUGCCUCGCACGACAAGGACCCGCAGAAGGUCGACGAUAUGUUCCACAAGCGAAGUGUAGAUGAUGUGAAGCAGUUACAUCUGGCUCUGGAGGACAGUCAGACUACACCACUGUAUCACUUCGGGUCCUUGAAAAAGGGCGAGUCUGUGGAGCAAAGUCAGCGCUAUAUUUCGUUCUCGUUCUCAGAAGAAUGGGGCACUGACGCUGACAAAAAGAACUGGUCGUUUGCGAUUCCGAUCAACACAGCUGGAGACGUCUACUUACAGGUCUACUCAUCUGUGCGCCAACGCUAUCUUAUUUGCCAAGCGAGUGUGCAAGUGGUGGACAUGUACGUCUAUGUAGUUCUGACAGAUGUGUCUUGCGCACCACCGUAUCGCAUCGAAAAUUACACCCCGUUCACGAUAGAUUACGCUCAGUUGGGCGAGUCAUCUAUUUUCAGCAGCGGGCAAAAGCAAACAGCUGCUACUAUCAAACCCGGGGCGUGGCACGCUUUUGCGUGGUUUAAUCCUUUGUCGAAGGAACGCCACGUCGAGCUCCGUCUGUCACAUAUGGAUGCCCUCAAGGCGCAGACGAAGAAAUAUGACAUUGACUAUGUUGGCUACCUGGACCCCAUCACCAUGUGGGUGUCUCAUGAUGGCGAGAAACAGCACGCCGUGAGGUUGACUGUACAAGUCGUUGUUGACGAGAGUACGCGUGUGCUCAAAAUUGCUGAGAAGGAACUAGAGCUUAGUCGAUUGACAACCCAGGACUCGGAGGGUGAUCUCCAGCACCGACGAAUGCUUUACGCAUCUUCUUUCGACAUUGCAUUCGCGGGUUUUGGCUUUUCCUUGCUGGAUGGCUUUCCGCAGGAAGUAUUUUUCGCAUCGGCAGAUAUUAUGAAGGUGCAAAAAGCCCCUGCGUCGCUGGAAUGGACAUUCUCGGCUACAGUGAUAAGUCCGUGGGCAAAGAAACCUGAGCCGUUUUUGAAGCUGGUUCUUGAUGCUGACCUGGAAGCUCGGCUGGGAACGUACAAGCUGCUCGAAUUUAGCUUAGGUGACGUAGCAGUGAAGGUGGAUAUCGAUUAUCUGGUGACCCUUGUAAGACUUCUAGAACCGUACUUGGUCUCUGAUGCUACCACGGCCCACCGAACGAAGCUAACGUUGGAGAAAACGCUUCAACGUCGCGCACCACCAAUGCCGGUAAUGUUAGUGACAGCAGAAGGUGGCAUUCACACAGAUUUGGUGUACUUUGACGUCUUGCGCAUCUCGUCGUUGUCUGUUGAGUUAGAGUACUCAAUCACACGCAAAGACAUCGUGUCGUCGACUGGUGGUGGCCACUCGGUGAUUUUUGGCUUUCUAAGCCAGAUCAUUGGCCUUGUCGGAUCAAACCUAAGUGGUUCUCCGACAUUUAACUUUAGCGAGAUUGUGAUUGUAUGCUGUCUAUCAACGAAGCAGAGGCUCCAGAAUCAGUUGAUCGCGAACUAUGUUCAGCAGGGCAUACUGCAGGCGUACCGUCUUGUUGGCAGUGCAGAUAUCAUUGGCAAUCCGAUUGGACUUGUUGAAGACUUGGGUUCCGGUGUUGUGGAGUUUCUAAAGAUCACAAAGGGUGAACUGACGACUGGCGAUGCUCAAACUCGUGGCGAAGGCGUGAAGGUGCUUGGCAAGACUAUCGUAAAAUCCGGUGCGUCUUCGGUCGCGAAGAUUACAGGCUCGUUAGAUAAGUUUGUGGGCGAGUUCGCGGGCGACAGUAAAAGCGAUACAUCCGGCGGCAAUGAUUUGUCGUCGACUGACAAUGCUGGUGUCAAGUUUGCAAAGGACCUCGGCCGCGGCUUCACUGGUAUAUUUACGAAGCCUGUCGAGGGAGCUAUGAAAGGUGGUGUGACUGGACUUGUGCAGGGCACAGUACAAGGCAUUACCGGUCCUGGUGUUGUCCUGCUCAAGGGUCUUACGUCGACGUCUCAAAACCUUGCGCUGGGUGUACGGUCUACGGUCGUAGAUCGCUCCCCAUUUGGCGGCCGCCGCCGGAAGCCGAAACUUGUUAAAAACGAUAAGUUGAUUGCGGAGUUCGAUGAAACCCAUUACAAACCUACUCUGUUGAACUUGGAGAUACUGGGUGCUAAUGGACUGGACUCGGAUAAGUCAUGUGAUCCACUCUGUGUUGUACGAUUGGAUGGUGUCGAUGUAAUGAGGACUGCGGUAAUUUACAACACGGUAAACCCAGUGUGGCAAGAGAAGAUACAGCUAGCGUUAACAGGCAAGGAGAACGAGGUGCAAUUCGUGGUAAAGGACUCAUAUGGCGGCACCGUAGCCAAGACAAUUGGCAAGUGCAUUUUGAGCAUGGCGCAGCUCCAAGACGACUUUAAGCCGCCUGAGUAUUCGUCAGAUCUUGCCGAAUGGGUUCACACGGAGGUUAAGCCAGGAAACAACAAGAUGAACACGAGCCAUGUGAUCGCAGAGAAGGAUUAUUCACUCGUCAUGCUGCAGAAAAACAGCUAA